AUGACGGACGCAGCACGGGGCGGGUGCCCACACAUCUUGUGCCUGAAGUGUAAUUACGUCGUGAUUCGACUCCAGGGGGCGGAAUGGGUGAAUGGCGACAAGGGAUUUGAUCUCUACCUCUCAACGCGAAAUUAUUAUCCGGAUUGGGCGCUCUUGGCGAGCUCGAGCCCGUUUGGGGCUCGAGGGGAGCGAGAGCAGGACUCGGUGCUUCGCACAACCCCCAACGCCGCGGCCUACUGCUGUCAGUGUUCAUGGCUUACUGUAAGGGCUCCGCGAGUAGGUAUUGAGACUAAGAUAACCGACGUUGCCCUUGCUGGCGUUGACAAUUACCCCUUUGCGAUCGAGCUUCCUUUACUUCCCAAUCAAAAGCAAAGACGCCCUCCGUUGUGGAUUUGCAAGGGUCAUUCUUUGAUCUAG